AUGUUCCGGUGUGGAUCUAAAGAGUACAUUUCCAUAGAGCAGAGGUGCGACAAGGUGGACAACUGCUACGACCACAGCGAUGAGCGCGGGUGUGACUACGACCUCCUGGCGGACACCAUGUUCAAAUGUGAGACUUCCGGUAUGUUGGCUUAUUCCUUUGUGUGUGACGGCAUAGACGGGUGUCCAGACGCCACUGACGAGGCGAUGUGCAAGAUCCCGGACAAAGCAAGCCUGGGGCUCACUAUGACGGUAUGCACGGACGGAAUGCUGUUGGAGAAAAGAAGAGUUUGUGACGGCCUGGAGGACUGUCUUGAUGCAUCGGACGAGGAAGACUGCACGGAAUGCCAUUCCAGGACGUCUCUGUGUCCCAUGAUUGCCUGCUUGCCGUUUAACUGGACGACAGACAACGAAAUCGACUGCCCCAUUCGAGAUUUGAAGGGCAAGCCCGCCCCUGAAAGUGUGUUCAGAGAGAACGUCUUCCUUUCGAAGCCUCCGCCUGGGGUUAUCUUUCCUGACGGUUACGGAAAGUUUGACACCGGGCCGUACUUCAAAGAGGGCGGGUUCUGCCCCGACACUCACGUCCAGUGCCAAGAGGGGUACUGCAUCCCCCAUUACAUGUUUUGUAACGGCUACAUCGACUGCCCGAAUGGCGAGGACGAGAACUGGCAGGAAUGCGAGAAACAGUGCGCCAACAUGUACAAGUGCAAAUAUUCAAGGGUUUGCGUGCACAACGAAAAUCUGUGCGACGGC